CGCUGUUCUCUCUUCAGCAUCGGGCAGGGCGGCUCGGGGCCGGGCGCUCCCGCGGGCACGGAGCGGGGGAAGGGUGGUGGCCGCCGCAUUUGCUCCCUCUCUGGGGGUGGAAGAAAGACCCCCGACUCCCCGGGACACCGGGCUGUCGGUAAGGGAUACGGCUCUCCCUCAGCAGGCGCUGCCGCUUCCCGGAAUAUCGGGCACUGGGCCGGACCGCGGCAGAGAAAAGCCGAGGAUGGACCGCGACGGGCCUGACGCUGCUCGGCGGGAGGCGGAAGUGGAGCGCGGGCGCUACUUGGAGCGGCGGGCGGUGGCCCAGGAGCAGCUGGCGCAAAUACAGGAGCGCAAACAUCAGGCAGAUCUGGCCAAGCUAGAAGACAAAAGAGAAGGGGAACAAAUACAGUUAUCGAACCGAUUGUAUCAAUUGGAAAUUCAGAAAGACAGAGAAAAGGAAGAGAAAGAGAAAGCUGAGCGCCGGAGGCAGCAUCAGGAGUAUGUUGCUGAAAAGAAAACAAUUCAAGCUGAAGAGAAACAAAAAGAAGACAACGAAGAUGAUCGGAUUGAGGCUUAUAUUAAAGGAAAAGAAAUGAUGGCUGAUCUGACAAGAGAAAAAGUUGCUGAGACUAAUAGGGUUAUCCAGGUGCGUAAGGACAAAGCUCUUGAACAACUAACUGCACAGAUAAAUGAAGCAUUUAAGGUUGAAGAUGAUCGUCUUGCUAGAGGAGCUGCAGCAGUAGAAGAUGAAUACCAAAUAAAAAACAAAGAGAAAGAAGCAAAACAAAAGGCUGCCAUUGAAGCUAUUGCUGAACACAGAACCACUGUGAUGAAGAUGAAAGUGGAAAAGGAGAAAGAAGAAAAAGCAGAGGGUGAGAGGGAUCGUAAUCAGCGGAUGACAGCAGAUCGCACCUACCUGGAAAAGGAAAAAGACACGAAACAAAGACAACAUGAUGCCAGCGUGGAAGUACAGAAAUUUCAGAUGCAGCAAAUGGCUGAAAAGCGGGCAAAAAAACAGCAGGAAAAGCAAGAUGACUUGGACUACAAUGCUCAGAGAGAAGCUGCUUUCUGUAAGGAUCGAGCAUUUCGGCGAUAAAGAGUGAGUAACUGACUCAGUGUCAUUACUGGAUCUAAUUUUUAUUCUCUCCAAGCUUCUAAGGAGGGACCAAGACCCGGGCUUCUUAACUAGCAAACUUGCAAGACUGGUAGAGUGUAUACAUAUGUAGUAUUACAAAACAACUCAGGGGUCAGGGGGAAGGAUGAUUGAUAAAGAGGAUUCUCCAUGUUCCUCCUGCCAAACGUAUGUGAGCCCCCAAGGUUGCUCAGGGACUGAGUAUUGUGCAGGAGUGUUACAGCUUGUGUUGCCCCCUCAAAGACCUGCCUGAUGACAGGGAUAAGUGCUCUCCUCCGAGUCCACACACACCAGGAAUUGUCUUGGUUGGUCCAUCCUGCUGUGGCCUGCGCUGCUACUAGGUUUUUGGACAGCAGGACAUGGCUGGGUGGAGCUGAUUGGCUCCCAGUACCCAUGUCAGUUAGUGUGGCCAAUAAGGGGCUUGUUUGUAGAGUGAGGAAGUUGCUGCUGAGAACUUUACACCCAUGAUGUGUGUUUUUCAGAGGUUUUGCCUAGAAUAGCUCUAGCCGCUGCUUGGAGCACAUCUUCCUAUUUAAGUUUCAUUCAAAAGAGUCGAGAUUGUGAUCACUCUGUAAUGUGAACCAAAGCACAGUAAGUAGAAACAACCAAGAUACUUGUUUCAACAACUCAACUUCUGAUCUAAACUAAAAUGCUAACAUUGCUGAACUAUCAACUAAAAGAGACACAGUUCUCUCUAAUAAUCUUGGAGUAAUGUAUUUUUUAAAAUUACGUAUUUUAAAAAAAAGACAUGGCAAUUAACUUGUGAAACUGUCUCUAAAAAUUUUUUCUUUUACGUAGUUCAUUAAUGAAAGAUAUAUUUCCCUUCUCUGAGCCACUGCUCCUUUUACUACUUCAAGCUUUUUUCAGCAAGCAGAAAGAAUGAAAACUUUUAUUAAAAGCUCUUGAUCACAGAAGCUGUGGCCUCGAGAAACACUGACUACAGCAGAAGUGGCGCUGAAACCUGCAGAGCUUGGUAACGCUCCAAAGGCAUCCUCAAGUGCAUAUUUGCACGUGCUCACUACCAUGCAAUUGGUGAGUUAAAUGGGUUUUAGUCUAUCUCUACAGCAGCAAGAACCAAGCUGGACUGCAGCCUGAUUUCCUGCUCUGCUUCAAGAAAUGCCCUGUUCUGCAGAUUAUGUAUGUCUGCAUUUGAAGUCUACAGCCUGCUUCCAUGGGGUUAUACCCUUUGUAUUGUGAACAUCUACAGAAAUACCAAAAUCAACUACCAGAAAACAACUCUUCCUUUCAGUACACCUAGAGUGAAGUAUUUUUUUUAAAGCACAUUGGCUAAAUACUGAUUUUGUUGCCCAAAUUCAGCAUGGAAAAAAUCCAGCAUGAAUCAUAGUAUCACUUUAUUCCAUAGUCUGAGAUGCGCAUGCUUUGUGUGCCUGCUUUAAAUGACAAGCUCUAGUUAGUAACCCUCUAUAAAAGCCAGCAAAAAAAAUCUUCAAGGGUUUUAAGAACAUGAAGAAAUGCUCCAGGUUCUAAAAUUUUCAGUGAAAAGGCAUUUUAGUAACAUUUGAUUGUCUUUUACAGUUUUCCUACAUGAAAGGCAAGAAUUGGAAAGCUGCUUGCAGGAAUAAUACAGAAGACUAAAAUCAGUUUGUUUAUGGUAUGUUGAAGAUGACAGGAAGAAAAUAGAGGAAAUAAGCUGAGAGAACAGCUGCUUGUACAAGCAAAAGAAAGCUAUUCAGCAAAUAGAUGAGAAUCAGUGGCAAUGAAAACACUUCUUAAGAGCCAAACUCUUCUCAGCAGAGUCAGGUGACUGAUAUAACAAGCUGUGACAUGGAACAUCAGGCUGAGUAGUCAUGAAAGCCUGCUUCACCAGGAGGCGGUGGAAUCACUACUUGCGAAGGCUUUAAAGAUGUCCCAUGUAAGGCAGGAGGCUGGUCUAGCUGACCAUCAGAGGCCCUUUUCAGCUACCAUUUAAAGAUGGCAACAAAAUACAUAGAGAUCAACUGCAGCUGAUAAGUAAAACUGCUGACCUCGAAUAAUCUGAGAGGUACCUCUGAUCUAAUGCCUAGCAUCACUACUUAUAUUAGUUAAUAGUUGGAGUUGAGUCACUAUCCUCAGAGGUACUUAAAAGCUGCAUAGAUGGCAGUGGACUCCAGUGGUAGGUUAAUUUUUAAUUAAUAGCUAGAAAAAUCAGAAUAUUAUUUGAGAAAUUAUUUUACUGGUAAACUUCAGUUACUGUUUUUGCUCAACAAAGCACCCUGUCUGAUGGUGUGCUACUUUAGGAAGUUGUAGCAGAUGAGAAACAUAAUAGGUGUGUUGGCCUUACUACAAGGCCAAGAUCUUAGAAGUGCAAGACAGCCCUUGGAGGGACUGAAACAGACCUCAAAAUCAAACUGCGUAUUUUCCAAACCCAACUCUGAAAGUGGAGUAGCAACUGAAGUUUGAACAUGCAGGACUCCAGGGUCUAAGAUGGUACUCUCCCACCAGUAACAACUGGUUCCUGUGGCUGUGGUACCCUUGUAAGAUAGUGCUUUCAUCAUGGAUCUAAUAAAACUUCUACCUAGGAAACUAAGAGAGGAGCUUUCUAAGAUGCCUCCUCUGCUAAGGGAAUUUGAGUUGACCCACUGUGCAGCUCUUUACUGUUAGGUAGUGUUCCAGACUGGAGUUGUUACUUCUGUUCAAGUUCUUUUUAACAUGACAGCCUUUGCCACUGCUCAGCUCUGAGGAAGUUUGAAGAGAAUACAUACCUGGAAACAAAGCUACCUACAAACAGAAGAGUUGGUGCUCCAAGAGCUGGGACUGCUAAGGGUGGACACUUUCAUGUCCCAGUACAGACUGGCUGCAUACUCCUGAAAAACAAAGAUUUUUUAUUUAUCUAUUUAUUUUUUUUCCCAAAGCUCACUGGUCAUGUUAGAACAAAUUAUUUGUUCUGUUUCAAUAGGUAUUUUUUUUUUUCAGAUGCCUGUUAUUAACUUACACCUUUCUGGUAUCUCUUGAACAGAAGAGUGCUACAGCUAGUCUGUAAUCUUCCUCCUUGUUCUGGCACUGCAUCUUUGAGAGAAAGAAAAUCUGGUACUUAAAAAUAGCUCUUAAAACCUCCAAAACAGCCCUAACGCAAAAACAACAACCCUCAUCUCUGACAGCUAAGACUAAGAGGCAGUUGAAAGCCAAAGAUGUGACAAGACCACAUGAGAUGUCAUCUCUGGAAUUAUUUCAAAGGAAUCCCUUUCUAUUAAAAAUAAGCUGUGCUAUAGGCUUUGUUAAAGUUGUAAUAUACAUAGUCAUUCCCUUUACAUUCCUGCCCUGCCACCAUUACAAUUUAAGCUUUUUCUAGUUCUGGUGCAUCAUGGUCUUUGAUGGCAAGAACUAGAUACCCAAGUGCACAUAUGAUUCAAACCCACCCUUUAAUCUGUUAAUCUCUAGAAAGCAGUUUUUUAGCGUAGUUGUUCAUAGCUGGUUGAGCCUGCAUUGCAUAAACCAGCAUGCCACCUUUUUUCCUGUAAGUUUCCUCAUCUCCAGUAUAUUAUCCAGAGAAUGCACAAUUCUGUUGGGUGAUGAAGAGUUUAAACAUCAAAACUGCAGGUUUCAGUAAAAUUCAACAUUACAUUUCUGUUCACAUAAUAGUAGUUGCCCCUCUUAAAUGAGUAGCACCUGGUCUGACUCCUUUUCUAUUUAAAGGGAAAAACUGAGAAAGGUUAGAAAGCAGCAACAUGUACUGGAAGAAGCAAUAGUUACUGAGCAGACCAGAGACAGGACUGAAGACGAGAUCACCAGUAUAUCUAGGAAAUACAGAUCCAGCAACUGGUACAGCGGCAUAGUGGAAAAGGAAGACAUUGGACACUGUUUGGUAAAGCUUAGUAGUAUAUAGGACAAGUAUUUCUGCAUUGGUUUCAAUUACAGAUGAUCAGAGCAUAUACAUAUAAUUGUACAGUAGUUGCUAAUUAUACAGCAAAACUUAAAACUCUGUUUCUUCUUCAGAAAUACAUCUGGUAACUGCAGAAUUAUCUACCAAGGAAUAAGAAGCUAGCCACCGUCUCCUUACAAGUUAUAUGUGCCUGCAAAACCUAUCAGUGCCUAACAGCUGGAGCAAGUUGCAAGGCAUGCUAUUUGCCAAAAACCACCUAUACUCAACUUCAGCUCAACAAACAAGUGCCACAGCUUGCAACUGUAUCAGUAACUGUUCUAGUUUUAUUAUGGAACAAAGCAGUAGAUUCACCUUCUCUAAGUCAAGAGGUAACAACCAAAGGUAAAGUAUCAAUUUAUCUGCACUGUAUUCAGGUAUUGCUGGGCCUCCAGGUUUCAUUCAAAGCUUAUGCUUUGACUUAAAAAAAAAAAAAAUUCUUGCUGAGCAAAUAAUAAAAUUGAGUAAGCUGUUUAAAAACAUCUGCCUGUAUCAAUAAGAUCAAUGGUGAGAGCACCUUUUAUUUGUUACAGUUUUCUAUUUGUGACUUUGGAGAAUGCAAUGGAAGACAGUAUUCCUAUCUUGAGAAGGUUGUGGCACUGACUGAGUCUAAUCCUUUACAGGAAAGCGAUGUUUGCAAUAAGACUAUGUAUAUAACACGCAGGUUUCUGAAAGGACUGUA